GCAUAAUUCCGGCCCAAGAAAGGCCCAAUCCAGAAACCCGAAAGGCUCCAUAGUCGCAACCAUCUCCCCAACUGAAGUCGAUCUCCCUGACGAAGACGACGACGACGUCGGUAGCAGCGGCUGGCAGUUUCCCAAAACCAUGGCUUCGGCAUCCGCUGUGAAAGAGCUUCAGCGAGAUUUGGAGAACAAAGCAAACGAUCUAAGCAAACUCCAAAAAGAUAUCGCCAAGAAUCACCAAGUCAGAAAGAAGUACACCAUUCAGCUCGGCGAGAACGAGCUCGUCCUCAAGGAGUUGGAUCUGUUGAAGGAGGAUGCAAAUGUGUAUAAAUUGAUUGGUCCAGUUCUUGUGAAACAAGAUUUGGCGGAGGCGAAUGCAAAUGUGCGCAAGAGAAUUGAGUACAUCUCUGCUGAAUUGAAGCGGCUUGAUGCAGCUCUUCAAGAUUUAGAAGAGAAGCAAAAUAGCAAGAAAGAGGCGAUCCUGAAGGUUCAGCCGAGGAUUCAAUCUCUUCAGGCUGGAAAAGCCAAGGAUUAAGGAUUAAGGCAUAAGACUUGAAUGGAGCAGUAUCAUCUCUGUCUCUCUCUCCCCUUUUUUUUGUUUUUUGUUUUUUUUUUUGGGGAUAAUUAUAGCUGUAAUGCCCGUACAAAGUACAAACCUUUAUUGUGAUUUUUAGUAUUGUGGUGAAAUCUAAAUGGCGAAUUCAUAAA